AUGUCUCUAGACGAAAAAGAGAAAGUUAGAGACGUUGCGGUGGAGGACUCCCUCGAAAAGCACAGUGUCGAUGUCGAGGCUGCGUCUUUGCACGUCGCCUCACCUUUCAGGGGUAAAUGGGCGACGAGGCUAGCGCACUGGGGUGUUGAGGCUCGAGGCAUCCAACCUGUGCCCUUGGAGGAAAGGACCGACACUCAGUACUAUAAGAUCUUCGCCGUGUUCAUGUCGUCUAAUUUGACUAUCCUAACCUUAUCAACGGGGACUCUAGGUCCUGUCGUCUUCGGAUUGAGUGUACGAGACUCGUGUCUAAUCAUCCUGGCUUUCACUGCGUUUUGCACGAUCUUUCCGGCAUAUUUGGUUACUUGGGGUCCAAAACUUGGAAUGAGACAGAUGGUGCUCGCGAGAUAUACCUUCGGAUACUACGGUGCCAUCGUGCCCUGCGUACUCAACCUCGUCGUGGUCGUUACCUUUUCAAUGUUGAAUUGCAUCCUUGGUGGUCAGACUCUGGCUAGCGUGACGGACGGGCGUCUAAGUUGGACCGUGGGCAUCGUGAUAUUCACCAUCCUCUCGCUCAUCAUCUCAUUUUUUGGUUUGAAAUUCCUACAUUGGUACGAACAGGUUGCGUGGAUUCCCAUUCUCAUCACGUUGAUCAUUACGGUCGGUAUUGGUGGAAAGCACUUCUCGGACCCGCCAACGCCCGAGCCAGCAUCGGUUGCUGGGGUCAUGGGUUUCGCUGGUGUGCAAGCAGGCUUGAUGAUCCCAUGGUCGGCGUAUUCUGCAGAUUAUGCAAGCUAUAUCAGUCCAGGUAUCUCGAGUUGGAAGAUAUUCUUGGCUUCUUAUGGGGGACUCUUUCUAUCUGUUGUUCCUACCCAAUGCAUUGGAGCAGCAGUUGCAGCGGCUGCCGCCACCGUACCUGCAUGGGAAGAGCGGUACGCUGGCGGCGACAUUGGUGGAUUAUUGAACGCGGUCCUCACGCCACUGGGUGGAUUUGGCCAGUUCUUGACUGUUCUACUCAGCCUUUCCGUUGCAGCAAACCUCGUAUCUAUCUUCUAUUCCUCGACACUCAACUUCCAGGUCAGCAUCCCGCCGCUUGUCGCUGUUCCGCGAUACGCAUUCUCCAUAAUCAUCGCCGCCGUCGUUCUACCGCUCUCUAUCGUGGGCUCACAUCGGUUCUAUACCGCCAUUACGAACAUCUUGGGCUUGAUGGGCUACUGGACCUCGGUGUUCGUCGUCGUACUUAUCAUCGAGCAUCUCUACUUUCGUUCGAACAGCUUCAGCAACUACGACCCGGACGCGUGGGAUCAGCCAAAGCGCCUCCCCCCUGGACUAGCAGCGCUUGGGACUGGCGUUCUAUCUUUCGGCUUGAUUGUACCAUGUAUAAGUCAGGCAUGGUUCUUAGGACCAUUCGCAGAAAAGGCAGGGGACAUUGGUUUUGAGGUUGCGCUUGGUCUCAGCGCAGUUCUGUAUCCACUAUUGAGGUGGGCAGAAUUGAGACGGUUCGGUAGAUAG